AUGUCAAAGCGAACUGAGUCUUAUGUCGCACCGUCGUUUUCAUGGGCCUCUAGGACCGGACCCGUUAUUUGGUACUGGGUAUACGACAACGAAAGCAAAAUGCCCACGUCCGAAACCUAUCAUUUUGCUCAAGUGGUAGAUGUUUCCUGCACACCUGCCACUAAUGAUCCAUUUGGACAGAUUGUAAUGGGUCAUAUUACUCUUCGUGGAUUUGCAACCCAAAUGACGAUUGAGUCAACCGACAUCAAUGCUCCUGAUUGGAGAUUGAUAAUGACAAAAGAAGGAGUGGAGGAGUGCUAUGUUACAUUGGACACGAUCCAGGAUCUGGAUGAAAUGGAGCUGAACUCAAGUGUCAUUUGUCUUGAUAUAAUGAGAGACAAGAAGGGCGCAGAUUAUGUACCAUUCAUUUCUGGUCUUGUUCUCCUUCUGGUAGCGAGUCGACCUGGUUGCUAUCGUCGGAUUGGAUUCUCGACGAUGAAAGCCGAGCAUUUUGAGGACUCCAUAAUUUGUGACAUUAAGAUCAUAUAA